AUGUUAAAUUAUUGGCUACCGAUUUUUUGCUCUGGUAAUAACAAGCCAUUUCCGCAUCUGGUGAUAAGAGCCGUACCAAAAAGACCCGAAUGCCAGACAUUUGAAUUUAAUUCAAAUCAUUUCUCCAGAGAUAGAAGAAGAUCAAUAAGAGUAGCUUCUAUUGAAUUGAGAGAUACAUGUCGGUGCAUUCGUAACAAAAUUUGUAAAUUUUAUUCUUUCUUUGCAGUAACUAUGACUUCUGGUAUGCUCGGUAACUUCCGUCGGAUAGAUAUACUUUUGUGGAAAAUAGACAUUGACAACGAAGGAACUAAGACAUCAUAUGUACCAUAG